AUGUCUUUCAUGGGAGGCGCCGAGUGCUCCACGGCGGGCAACCCCCUCAGCCAGUUCACGAAACACACACAAGAUGACAAAAGCCUACAGCGCGAUCGCAUGGUCAAUGGCGGGCCGCAGUCCAGUCUCGCUGGCUUCCGCAGCGCUGCUGCCCACGCGCCCCAGGACGCCAUGAUGAACGGCUUCUUGCAGCAGAACGGUCAACUACACGACAUGCCAAUCAACGGCCCCCAGCUGCAGAUCGACCGCCCCUCCCACGGCGUCCACCUGCGCGCCGGCUCUGCCUCCCCGUCUUGGGCAAACGAGUUCCAACAGAAUCCCCAGGCCGCCAUGGAGUCGGCGUUCAAGGUCCCCCAAGGAACCCAGUUCGGCCCAGACGACUACGCCAGAUUUGCUCAAAUGCAGCAACCAAACCAGUCCCACCGGUCGAGUCCGAUGCCGGCGCAGAUGGGCUACCAAAGGCCCAUGAUGGGUAUGGCCAGCAAUAUGGGCAUGAACUAUGGCAUGGGCGCCAUGUAUGGAAACCAAAUGUACGGGCCGCCACAGCAGCAGCAGCAGCAACAGCAACCACAACAAGAUAUAAAGGGGAAGGGCAAGCUGGUGGAGCUUGACGACAAGCAGUGGGAGGAGCAGUUCAAACAACUCGAGCUCGACGAUCAGCAAGCACGAGAGGAGGCAGAACAAAACGCCGCUCUGGAGCCUGAGCUGGACAAGCUCGACGAACAGAUCCUCCAAUCGGAAACAAACGAGUUUGGCGAUUUUGAAUCAAUAUUGAAAAGCAUUCAAGCCGAGAAGGACGCCAACCAAGAAAUCAUGGGCGAGGAUGAAUGGGUCAGCAAGUUCAACGACGAAAGCUGGGACAAUAUGAAUAUGAACUGGGGUGAGACCACCCGACUGUUCGCAGACCCCCAGGUUGAGAGCUAUCUGUUCGAACAAGACAAUCUUUUCAAAGACACGGGCAACCCAUUCGAGGAGGGUUUGCGCAUUAUGGACGAGGGUGGCAACCUCUCGCUGGCAGCAUUGGCCUUCGAGGCUGCCGUGCAGAGAGACCCCAAACACGUCGAUGCAUGGGUGCAGCUGGGAGGGGCGCAAGCACAAAAUGAGAAGGAAACAGCAGCCAUCCGAGCUCUGGAACAAGCAAAGAACCUUGAUCCGAAUAACUUGCCGGCCUUGAUGACCCUAGCCGUCUCGUACACCAACGAGGGAUACGAUAGCACAGCCUACCGGACACUAGAACGGUGGCUUUCCAUCAAGUAUCCAUCAGUUAUCUCGCCUGCUGAUCUAUCACCGGCGACGGACCUUGGCUUCACCGAUCGGCAGAUUCUGCACGACAAAAUCACAGACCUGUUCAUGAAGGCGGCUAAUCUAAGCCCAGACGGAGAACACAUGGACCCCGACGUACAAGUCGGUCUGGGCGUCCUCUUCUACGGCGCUGAAGAGUACGACAAGGCCGUGGACUGCUUCAGUUCCGCGCUCGCCUCCUCGGAGCAGGGCUCCUCGAACCAGAGCUCGCAGGUACACCUUCUCUGGAACCGGCUGGGCGCAACCCUGGCCAACAGCGGGAAGAGCGAGGACGCCAUCGCAGCGUACGAGCACGCGCUCACCCUGCGGCCCAACUUCGUCCGAGCCAGAUACAACCUGGGCGUCAGCUGUAUCAACAUGGGCUGCCACGCCGAGGCUGCCGGCCACCUCCUCGCUGCCCUGGAGAUGCACAAGAGCGUCGAGCACGAGGGCCGCGAAAAGGCCAGGGAGAUCCUGGGCGGCGACGUCUCUGAUGCGCAGCUGGACGCCAUGACUACGCAGAACAGGAGCACCAACCUGUACGACACAUUACGAAGAGUCUUCACACAAAUGGGUAGGCGGGACUUGGCUGAAAAAGUGGUGGCCGGCGUGGAUCCGGGCGUCUUCAGGGGUGAUGUCGACUUUUGA